AUGCACGAAUGGAUCACAGAUGGAGAAGCUGAGCGACGCGCCGACAAUGCUGAAAAAGAGACCCGACCGACGACGUUAGACGAAUACAUCAACGCCUGUCAUGACCUGGUUUUCACCAAGUUUUCUGUCCAAACGGACAAGAGCUUGAAAUCCAAGGGAUCGAUAACAAACCCGCGAAACAAGUUCUCCCCGACGCGCCUCGAGCCCUGGGUGGACUUUUUGGAAGGGCAGAGGAUAACAUUCGGCGCCGUCUAUUCUACGCUCACCGACGAUGACCGAUCCUUCGAGAGCCAGGCCUUCCUACGUGGCCUCGACGCCAGAGUAUCCCGCAGAGCGAUUUCGAACGAGAAGGGCUUGGAGCAUUUCCAGCAUAAUAGUAUGGAAGAUCUGGUGCGGUCAAUCGUGCAGCGACUGACGGAGGAGGAGGCAUUCUGCGACGAGUUCAACGUCGGAGACGGCAUCAUCUUCGAGAACCAUCCGAGCGCCAUCAGCGACGUCGCUGAAGAGGUCGUUGAGCGACAAGGUCCGCCGGUGACACCGCCGAGAACACCAGGCCCGGACGGACUAGACCGCAGCCAACUUCGCCCAGACCAGAUUUGCGUUUAUACCAUCCUCAGACCAUGUCUUCAGGUGUUCCAUAGCUUGCCAACGCUCAUCCUGCCCGUGUUGGUGAAGCAACUCAAGCGAUCACUGGACGAGGCAAUGGUUCGCCUAGGCAAGGAAGGGUCGCGGGGAGUGCUAUUCCAGCUCACCCUGCUUAAGUACGGCUACACCUUUGUCAGCAAGGGCACUGUGGCGGCGUUCAUCGAGGAUCUGGAGCAUGAGGCGGCAGUGUAUCAGCAUCUACACAGACUGCAAGGCAUCAGUGUGCCCGUCUUCAUGGGCGCUAUUGACCUUUGCGAUCUUGGGAGGACUUAUUAUUACGACCUGCGGGUUUACAUCGUACACCUGUCAUUUCUCUCGUGGGGAGGAGACAGCCUAGACUGUGCCGGGAACUUGGGCACGAUGAACAAGUCCCUCGAGGGAGAGGUGUUACGCUCCCUCAGAGAAUUGCAUUUGGAAGGGGUGUGCAUCUUGACGUGA